GUGCGGAGACAAGACAGUUACAUUUAUUUCCUCUUUUCUAAUUUGAGAGGUUUCAUGUGGAAGAAACUCAGCAUGUUGGGGUUGUGGGAGAUACAAACACCAUCACCAUGAAGCUGAGCUGUGUCCUGCGGGCAUGGGUUCUUUAUGUUAGUCCUGCAGUGCUCCUGGCAGCCCAGACGUUCCCAGCUGCCAGUUCAGAGUCUCUGAAGUGUGAAGGACCUCUCAGCACUGACCAGAGCAGCUGCCACACUGAUGAGGAAGAGGAUGAUGUGAUCCAUUCUGGUGACGCUGACUUCCAGAUCAAGGGCUACAAGUUCAGUAAACCCUUCCAUCUCAUCGUUUCCUAUGACUGGCUGAUCCUCCAAAGUCCAGCUACAGCCAUAUUUGAAGGAGACCCACUGGUUCUGCACUGUCGUGCCUGGCAAGAAAGGCCACUGACUCAGGUCAUCUUCUACCGAGAGGGCUCAGCCCUGGGUCCUCCUGGACCUAAAAGAGAAUUUUCUAUCGAUGCGGUGCAAAUGUCAGACAGCGGACUCUACCACUGCAGCGGCAUCUUCAGAAGCCCUGGUCCUGGGGCCCGAGAGACUGCCUCCCCUGUGGCUAUCACAGUCCAAGAAUUGUUCCCAGCCCCAGUUCUCAAAGCCUCGUCUUCUAAUGAACUCCAGGAAGGAGGCUCAGUGACCCUGAGCUGUCAGACAAAGCUGUCCCUGCAGAGGUCAGCUUCCCGCCUCCUCUUCUCCUUCUACAAGGAUGGACAGUCACUGAGUAUCGACGACAUCUCUUCAGAACUCCAGAUCUCCAAAGCUUCAGAAGAGCACUCCGGCUCCUACUGGUGUGAGGCAGCUACUGAGGACAGGCAAGUUUGGAAGCAGAGCUCUCAGCUGGAGAUCCGGGUGCAGGCUCUUCAGAAACCAACUGCUUCAGAGACUCCUCCUACGGAGCCCCCUGGUCCUCCGCCUCCGCCACCCUCUCCUGCAGAACACCUGGGAUUCUCCUCCUCCGACCCCCACUUCCAUCACCAGAUGAGCCUUCUUCUCAAACAAAUACAGGAUGUAAAAGUUCUCCUUGGUCAUCUGGUCAUGGAGUUGAGGGACUUGACUGUCUACCUGAAGCCUGGUAUCGCGAAGGCUGCUGACAAAUGAAUGCAAACUAAGUCAUCUGUGAUGCUCAAGCAACGUAGCAACUCCAGCUGUCUCUGGACUGCAUGUGUGCAGAAAUGGUUCUGCAAGCUGUGCUGGUACUUUGUUAGGAUAAUGGAGCUGGUUGAGAGAAAAUAAACACAUACAAGGUGGUACUCAGAA